AUACGUUCUAUGCCUGGCCUGUAUCACUACCUACCUCCGCAAAUCUCGCGCCGCGCCGCGCCGCGAUACUGAGCCAGACGCCAGCAAAGAAGCUCGCCUAUAGUCACGGCCUCAUGCCUGUGUCCUUACAUGUGUCGGUUUGAACUUCUGGGACGUUCAAUUCUCCACUUGCAACGUCAAAAGAAUAAACGAGAUAGCGAUAUCUCCCCGAGAGACCUACCCCCACAAUGCUCCACGAAAUCCUCCUCUGCCUCUCAGGCCAGCCAUCGCCUCUUUUCGAUACGCAAGAUGAAGGAUAUGCUCUUGCUGAGGAUACCUUCCCGCUCGUCUCUCCUUCGGAAAAAGCCCUCCUCGCCUCACUUGCCCAUUUGAGCCGUCUCCAUGCUGAAUUGCGACAGCACACGGCAACGAUAUCAGCCUCCCACGAAUCCGUCAUUUGUCGUGCAGUCUCCACUGCCAUCAGCUCACAACACCUUCGGGAGUUCCAGAAAAAGAUACUGGAGGUGGAGAAGGCAAUUCUGGUCGAGGACAGCGGGUAUGUUGGUGGUUACGGAAUUGUACCAUUGUCAACAAUAGUUGGGGAAUUCUCGCCCUGGACACGCCGACUAGAAUGGAUGCGAAAGGUUGUAAGGCAUAUACAGUUUGCAAACACGAAAGGAGAUGGCCCAACUUGCAGUAGCGCAGCCUUGAUUGACCACCUUCGAGCGGAGCUGCAGACGGGUUACGCCGAUGUGAGGGAGAUCGCACUGAGUCUGGUCAACACUGCUGAGACUGCUUGGGUCAGACAACUAUCAACGUGGUUACUCUACGGGAACCUUCCAAUUCUUGGGAGAUCUGACUUCUUUAUCCAAGAAGAGAAUACGGUUGGAAGUAGCCAGCUCUCAGAUGCGACAAAUUAUGGACUGCACUCGGAACUUCUACCGCAAUUUGUGCUACCCCAGACAGCGGCGUCUAUUCUGUUCAUUGGCAAGACGUUGAAUCUGAUCCGAGCGAAACGGAGUGCUUCGAGUGAAGUCAAUGCCAACGGUCUCUCAACGUCUCCAGUUACUCUACGCGAAGAGCAUAUUAAACAUCUUGCUGCGCUGAAGUCACCCAUGACAGCACCAAUGCUAUCAAGUGUUAUUGUUUCUAUAAGACUUUCCCUUUCCCAAAGCACACUUUCAACCCUCCUGCCGACAGCUAAGAUACUCGAGACAUUGUCUGUCUUACAUGGCUUUUUGCUCCUUGGACGCGGAGAAUUUGUGACAGCCCUCGUUUCACAUGCAGACUCUCGUCUACAUGAAAAGCGCCAGCGAAUCGUGACUUCAACAAUCAGGAAUAAGGCUUCUACUGAAAUCGGAAGCCCAUCAAUCACGGAGGCUGAUGUAAUGGCAACCCUGACCCAGACAUUGUCGGAGCUUUACUCUUUACAAGAUGAAGAAGAUCCCGCGGAUGAUCUUCUGGAUCUCGCGAAGGCAGUUCUCCGAUCAACGAUCAAUGGGCGCACAGGUGAUGAAGACGAGGCGCUGCCCCAAGUCGCGAAGAUAGCCUACUCAGAGACUAAAUUGUCCAACAUAGCAUUCGAUGACCUCCUGUUUCCGAUAGCAACGAGCCUUUCGGUGCAAGUCAACCCUCCUCUCGACUUGUUUCUUUCCACUUCUGAUGUCUUCGUGUAUUCGAAGAUCCACUCUUAUCUCUUAGGCAUCCGGCGUGCUCAUAUCCAUCUUGGUGACCUUUGGAAGCGCACUUCUCUCCGAAGAUGCCAUCCUUCGCCCCUGGGGCCCCCUCGCAGCAAUACUCCCUAUGGUCAAAAUAGGCUCAAAGAAGGGAGGCAAAGACAUAAUGCAAGACUCCGGCAGAUGAGGGCAAUUUGGGCAACAUGUAGUGGCUCUUUGUUUGUGCUCUCAGAGAUCGGAAGUUACUUUCAAGGAGAGAUCAUUAAUGAAUCAUGGCAACAUUUUCAAGAAUGGAUUAAAAGUGGCACGGUCCGAUCGACAUUUGCUACAAGCUCCCGACCCGGGACCGCAUCAUCGUCAAAGAGCAAACAGACCAGUGGUCCUUUGCCAUCUGCUCCGGCGUCAAAUGUGAGCUCUGAUAACAGCCACGACAUUAGACGCCAUGAUCCGGAGACGAUAACGGCUGCACACCGUCGCUAUCUUUUUACUCUCGUUCAAGCUCUUUUCCUCACCGACGUGCCAUUUACAAAAGCGCUGAGGUCUCUGCUCACCGGCAUCGAGCAUUUCAUCGCGCUUGUAGUGCGGCUGGAGAACAUACAGCGCAACAUGGACCUAGAAACAGACGAAGGGGUGUUCGACUCCUUAGUAGACUACGCAGGAGAGGAACGCGAAGUGUGGCAAGCACUUGGUGCUGCUCAAAUUGGCGUCGAAGGUGGGAUAAGAGACGUUGUCUCACGUCUUCGAGACAUCGACGAUAGCCGAUCCGGUGAAGGGCGGCAGUUGUUCGACAUGGUGAAGGACACAGGCGAUGACUGGUCCUAUCAGCCCAUGGGAGCUGAGCCCGGCCUCCACCACUAUGUCCCCCGAAAGGCAGCCGGUGUUGACCGGCUUUUGAUGAAAUUGGAAUUCGGCAAUGCUAAUGGAAGCAUUGGACCUGGUGCUGCAAUUACGAGCGAGAUUGUGGGCAUGGCAUAA